GGACUCAUCUUUACCUUUCCUACCCCCGACUCCAGUGGGUGCCGAAGCGAGCUGUCAGGAUGAACGGGAGCUGGCCCGACCUGCCCGCGGGGCUCCAGCUCACCGCGGCCGACAUCCUCUUCACCUACACCCGACCAACCAGCAUCGCGCUCAUCGUGCUGUACUCCGCCAUCUUCCUGGUCGGCUUCACGGGCAACCUGGUGGUGCUGGCGCUACUGCAGAAGAAGCGACGCAUGGAUAAGGUGGCAAACGCGUUUAUGCUGAACCUCGCCGUGUGCGAUCUGCUGGUGAUCUGCCUGUGCGUUCCCAUCAACCUGGGUAUGGAGGUGUACAGGAGCUACGUGUACGGCCAGGUGCUGUGUAAGACGCUGCCUUACGUCCAGGCGGUGGUGGUGUCCACUAGCGUCCUCACGCUCACAGUGGUCAGCCUAGACCGCUAUAUGGCCAUCUGCUACCCGCUACGGGCCAAGGUGCUGUCGACGAAGAGCCGUGUGAAGCGGUGUGUCCUGGCCACCUGGGCGGUCUCUGCCUCCAUCAUGCUCCCCAUCGCCAUCUUCAGCGAGAUAGAGGUCAAACACCUGGUCUACCCCGUCCAGCUGGACCUGGUGCUGUGCACGGAGAAGUGGCCGUCCACUGCGCUGAAGAAGGGGUACGACCUGGCCCUGUUCGCCGUGCUACUGGUGCUGCCCCUCGGGACCAUGUGCGUCACCUACCGAGAGAUCGCCCUCAAGCUCUGGCGACGGGACACGGUCUUCCAGGCCAAACGAGGGGCCCAUUGCCGGAUGAACUCCAAGAAUGACGUCAUGCACGGGAGAAGGAGAGUGGUGACCGUCUUCAUGGCGCUAACCGCCUUCUUCGCGCUGUCUUGGGUCCCCUACUUCUGCUUGGUGCUGUGGUUCGACUUCCACGACCCUUCUGACCUGUUGUCCGCGCAGGACGCUGCCGGGGUGUUCCCGUUCCUGCUGUGCCUCGGCAUCGCCAACUCCGCCAUCGACCCCAUCUGCUACUGCAUCAGCGACAGGACGGUGCGCAAGUUCCUCCGCGGGUUCCGGGAGUGCGCGCAGGAGACGGACCCCGACCGAGACGGGGGCGGCAACAAGCUGCGCCCGUCCUAUCGCAGCGGGCAGAAGUCGUGCCGGGCGUCUCUGGACGGGAACGGGCGCGUUGUCACCAUGUCCGUGAGUAAAAGCCCGAAAAAGGAGGGACAGGUCGUGUAGACGGAAGUUGUCAGAGACGUCACAGAACUGUAGACGGAAGACGUCAGAGACGUCACAAAACUGUAGACGGAAGUCGUCAGAGACGUCACAAAACUGUUGACCAUACCCGAAUGAAGGUUUUCCUUUGACGGUAAUCAAAAAUUGUAAAGAUUUUAUACGCUAUUUCUGUACACAAAGUAAAACGAUUACUAAUAAUCUUGCGACCAGUCCUCUGGUUCUACUCAAGUUGAAAUGACCCAACGCCUACGUCACGUGACCCGAACUGAAGCGUGACGUCAAGAAUGGGUCGAACGAGUCUACGGGUCAGAAAGUGAUGUUCUUUUAUAUUUAGCGGUAAGAUUAGAUCUAUCCUUAUGAAACAAAUGCCAUUGCUCUCAUAUGAGAAAUAUGUUAAGUGUACAAGAUCCUUGAAAAGUAGAAUUCAUAACUGAGGUUUAUAACUGCAUUUUCAUACAGAGAGUACGCUUAAAGUAUCCAAUCUUUUGAUAUGGUAAUGAUUUGAAAAAAACCCUGCCGGAAUUGAAAUGACAGAUGAAAGAUGUCAUUUCCGUCAUAGCAGGGAAUUAACAUACUAGAAUAUCGUUUAAUAUAUAGAAUAAAGAUGGCCACGGUGCCUUUUUAUUAGUGAUAUACGAUAAUACAAGUGCUAUCAAUCCUGUUGUGCCCCAAAUAGGCUAUUCCUGAAUUUAUCGUAGCAGUUUAAUACUGCACAACGCCUGAGCUGCCUGGCUCGAGUUCGCUGCAAAGUGGGACUUACCAUCGGUGAUAAUGCCAGGUAAAUCUCGUAAUGUUUACCUUUCGCCUUUGAAGCUUUAGGACUUAUCUGAAACUUUAUUUAUCUUAUCUUUAUUUCUUAUAGACAUAUCUGUCAGAUUUACCUUGGAUAUAAAAUAUCAUAGCUUCGAUAACAACUGGAAUUAGGUAUGCAUGACUCACUCUACAAAAAGCAGGGGAUACUAACAGCGAUGAACACACACAGGGAAUCUAAACUGGCUCCGUGUGUUGUAAAAUGCAACCAUUCCAUGAUAAAAGCAUUCACCUAGCCUCUGCGUCUUCACAGGUCGCUGCAAAAUUAGCCAAAAUUGGCCAAAUAAGACAGAAAACACACCAGAGGAGUUAGAUGGACGAGGAGUACAAAAUUGAUUCAUCCAAUUAGAGCGGUUUCUUCAGCCAUUCGAUGUUAUCAGAACAAAGAUUUUAACCAUGUUGUAACAUCAAAGCAACAUUUGGGGACUAUGUUUUUCUAGCGGUUUUUUUCUUUAAUGAAACUGCAAUAAUGUUUUCGGUUGAAGUUUAGUCACUGCUCUGUAUUCACAUAGCAGUCAUCUUUGAGUACGAAGCACUACCAACACCAUUCGAGAAAAGGCCUAAACAUUAACAGUAAGGCGAUACCCUAACAUUGUAUGGAUGAGAUACGGAUAGCUAUAUUUUGUUAAGCAAAGUUUCAGAAGCAGAGUAGCUUUUUCAAAUAGUGUUUCUAAACCAAGUUGUUUUUUGCGAGAUGCUUUCUCAGCGAAUGCAAAAAAUAGGCAUUGGAACUUUGCUUUUGCUUACAUGUCAUUUGAAAGUUGAAACACAGUUGUUAUCCAUACAUUACUCACUGCCCGUGAAGCUUUUAUCUGUGUUAAUUAAAAAGUUGUGUGUAAUAGGUACGUUGGUAGAGAGUAGCGAAACGCAAAGGACGGAGGCAUUUUAGCAAUUGCUAUGUCUGGUGGAGCUAAAUGUUAGAAUAAUGUCUCGCCUGGCGAGCCUAACUCAGUCAUACGGAGAGAUACUUUUGUAAUAACAAACAAAAAGAGAAAGAUAUCAAGGCAAAUUGCUAUGUUUCGUAGAGCCAUAUGUCCGAAUUAUGUUCUUGACUGGUGACCCUACAUGUAGCUCCGUCGAAGUCAGAUAUUCCUUUGCAAUGAAACACAAAAGAGAAAAGGAUUGAAGCAGUUCCCAUCUUUGUUCGAGCCAUAUGUUAGCAUUAUGUUCUUGAAUGGCGACUCUAAGCAGUUGGAGUCGGAGAUACGUUUUCAGUGAAACACAAAGGAGGGAAAAGGUUAAGGCAAUUUCUGUCGUUCGCAUGGCCAUAUGUCGAGUACACGUCUUGAAUAGUGACUUAAGUCCAGCCGUGGGUAGAUAAAAGGAGUAGUGAAAACAUAACAGCAUCCCUGACGGUCCCUGAGUUUGGAUAGGCGUGAUACUCACGAGGAUUGGCGCAGUUUGAAUCCUUUUUUUUUCAAGAAGUAAUGUGUCACAGUAGGGGGUUUCGGUUCGUGACUAUAUAGAAGGCAUUUAAAGAAAAAGACUUGUUUGCCGUCACUCUCUGUACAUCGGAUAUCAUUCCCGGGGGUUGAACACGCCGUCUGAAUCUUUUUGUCAGAGAGCCAUACGUUAGAGUAAAGGUUUCGGUUCAUGACUCUAGAAAGUGGCCUUAAAAGGAAAAAAAGACCUUUGAGUCCGUAACGUUGCAUC